AUGACAGAUUAUAUUAUUAAUUCAAAAACUCCUUGUGAAUAUUAGAAUGAGAAUGAAAAUAAUAAUGGAGAAAAUAAUAAGUAAAAGGUCAUUUAUGACUUAUAUGCUGUUUCUAAUCAUUUUGGAACAAUAGAAGGGGGCCCAUUACAUUAGUUCACUAAUAAAUUGUAUAAUUUUGAUGAUUCAAUAGUUAGUGAGAUUAAUGAAACAUCUAUUUUUUCUAAAGCAGCUUAUGUUUUAUGUUAUUAAUUGAGAACAGAUAAUUCAAAUAAUGGUUAGGAAAAAACGAUGAAAUCCAUUUAAGAAUGA